GCCACCCCGGGCAAUGACUAUGACCUCCAUAUCUCUUCUCUAGUCUGCAGGAGUUUUUCUUAGCAUAGAACUCCCUCGUCUUGAAGGAACAUUCCGUAAUGCUCAACUUCGUCGCUCGAAAAUCGCCAGAUGUUGCCGGAGCCGAUUGCCUCUUGGAUCUAAUUCACUCCAUCAGAUCAAUUUGGCCGAUGUGCAUGUAUGUCAUAGACUACCUCUUUCAAAGAAUGGCUCUCGGCUUGAAAGAAAUGAUGGUUGCGUGCCCAGGUACUGAUGUAACCUUCAUGCUGAAUAUGGAGGCUGUGUUUCGACAUCAAGUCGUCUGGAGUCAACGCUUUCCCAUCGAACCAGUACAAUUCCUUGUCGGAACACUGCACAAUCGACCACAUCUCCAUGGUAUUUCCACGCCCACUGCGAGUGAAGAACAUGGCGACAGAGGACCAAUCUUGUCUUUCUUGCUUCUCUCGAGGAGAGAUGGAAGGGCAUGUAGUUGUGGUAUGUCUCACCUCAGUGGGGUUAGAAUAGAAUUCACUGGUUGUUCCCGAAAGAAUGCGCUGAAUUUAUAGCUUCAUACCGGGGAGAUGGAUGGCAGGAACCGCUACGGUGUACGCGGUUCUGGAUCAUCUUUCACAUCUUUA